AUGUCUAAUAGCCCAAUGUGGAAGCAAACAAUUCCAACAGCUUCUAGGAAGAUGAUUGGAAAAUACAUUAUCGACAAAGAGCUCGGAUCUGGUGGUUUCGCUACAGUUUAUCUAGCUUAUCAUUGCAAGACAGGAGAAAAAGUUGCUAUAAAAGUUAUCGAAAGAGAAACAGCUGCAGACAUGGGAAUUCUAACUUACGUUGAGAAUGAGCUUAGAAUUACAUCAAGAAUCAAUCAUCCCAAUAUUGUUCACGUAUACGAUAUCGUAUAUGCACAAGAGUUCAUUUAUAUCAUAAUGGAGUACAUGGAGAACGGCGACAUGCAGAAUUUCAUCAACAAUAAGUUCUUCUUGACACAGCAGGAUCAGAUCAGAAUUGCAAUCGAGAUACUCGGAGCUUUGAUAUACCUUCAUGAAAGAGGCAUUAGCCAUAGAGAUAUCAAGCCAGCAAACAUUAUGUUUGACAAGGAUAUGCACGCCAGGCUUAUAGACUUUGGAUUUUGCAGAGAGAAGUCAUCAAAUUUGAAAACUGUUUGUGGAACACAAGAAUUAAUGGCUCCAGAAAUCUUCUUAAACAAGCCUUACGAUGGCAUGAAGGCUGAUAUUUGGGCCUUUGGCAUUACAAUCCACUUAUUGGCUGCUUCAUGUUUUCCAUUUGAAUACAAAAGUGAUUUUCAGUUCUUACACGAUAUCAAAAGUAACAAACUGAAAAUUGACAUUAAACCACAAGGUAUCAUUGGAUGGCUUGUUAAGAACAGCCUUGUCUACGAUCCAGAUGAAAGGGCAAGCGCCGCAGAUAUGAUGUCAUACAUCAAAUCUCAAGAGAAUCCAGCAACACCAAAUUCACUCGCAAGACUUGUUAUCGUGAAGAGAAUCAACACAGAAGCUGCAAUUGCACGCGUAAGAAUCCAUCCAAACACUCCUGUUAUAUUCAGAGCAAGAGUUAUGAAUGAGCAUUCAGGACUUAGACAAAAGUUCGAACAAAGGAAAUCAAUUAAGAGUUUUGAAAAUGUUUAUUAA